AUGUUUGUCUCAGGACUAGACCAUCCAGAGAAGACGCAAGAUCCAUUUGCCAUACUAUCUGGCCGGUUACGUGACGCGCUCAAUUCCCAGCGCAAGGGAGUUGUCUGGCACGCUGAGAAAACGAAAACGUUCCAAGUCAUUUUGGUCGAUAAGGACGUUCGCUUCCCUCCUCGGAAACUGCUACCACCAGAAGACCCUCAGUAUAACGCGUCUCAUUCGCCAUUAUCUCCGUUGACACCAACUUCUCCGCUAUACCCCGACGGCCUCAUUGCACCAAUCUGGAUCCGCAAGCACACUACUCUUGUGCCGUCUGUCUUCGUAGUGUUCACCCGUAUAUUCGAAUACGUGCAACCUAUUCCCAGUGCCAUUUCGGAUGCAGUGGAUGCAGCCCGAGAUAGAGAGACUGAAGAGCGCCGCAGGGAUGCGGAGUUAGCUACUGAGAUCGCACAGCGGAAGAGGAGCACGAAUGACAGAGGUAUCAAACUGACGGUGGUGCUCAUGGCAAGCAGGCGGAUGUUGGACGACCCAUCGUUGGAUGCUCGCCUAACGUACAUUCGACGACAAAGCGGGUUGGAUCCGCGUGCAGCAUUGUUUGUCCUCAGUCCAGUUACUUCGUCUGAGAUUGGUGAUUUUGUGCGGAGUUUGCAAGAGGCACUUUAUGAGCCUGCACUGGAGUAUUAUACCAAUCAUUCGAAACGCGUGCGCCGCAAACGCAACCGACACUCUCAAAUUACCGCUUCCUACGCUGUGCCGCACUCACCCAUCGGUGCAGCUAAUGCUGCGCGACCAUUACGCUCCGAGGGUUGGACGGUACGAUACGAGUACAAGAUGGCUUGUUUCGCAGAGUUCCGUGGAGAGUAUGAGGUCGCUUUGAAACAUUAUCAAGAUGCGUACUCCUCCCUCUUAAUUAUGUUCGGCUCGACUGCCAUCCUGCCACCUCGGACAAAACGGUGGGCAGAAGCGAAAGUACUGGCCGAUUGCAUCAGCUUAAAAAUCUGCAAACUCUACUUGUAUAACAACGAGCACGGUUUAGCUCUUUCACAUCACAACAAUCAUAUGAGAAGAUUUGCGGACUUCUCGCGAGGUUGGGGCAUCGGUGACGAGACCUUCGAGUUCUGGAGCUGGUUAGCCAGGCAACACCGGGUCUUUGCAGAAUUACUUGAGCAAGGCACGCGUUCGACACUCAAGCUCCCGACUCAAUGGUCUUCUUCUGUCGCAGCAGUACCAACGACGCAAGUUCUUGAUGGUAUUCAGCGCAACCUCAUAGACGUGGAUCCUUUGCGAGCUAUGGGUCUGAAUCCCUAUGAAGCGUUACAACAUCCGGGUUUCUAUUACUAUAUGGCUGCGCGGUGCACGGAGAGGAGAAGGCAGCGCUUCCUGAGCGCUCUUGAAGCGGAGUCGUCAACAUCUACCCCAGGUUAUACCAACGAAAAAAAGGUCGACCAUCUAGCACUCAUACUUGAGCUAUACACGCGAUCGUACGAGCUAUUCAAGAAGUAUAAUACGUCUAAUGGCCAGAAUCAAGGCCGCUUGACACUUUGGAUAGCGUGUCUCAUUGCGCAAACGUACCACCAGUCAGGAAAGUUCGACAUGGCGGUCCGUUUCUUCGAACGGAUAGCAAAGACUUACCGUCGUGAAAAGUGGGAAUCUUUGUUGCAACCGCUGUUAUCGACAUGGUAUGCUUGUGCGCAACAAAUGGGUGACGUGGAGUUGAGUGUUCGACUGCUCUUUGAGAUGUUGGGUCACGGCAUGAAUAUUCAUCAGGAUGAUGCUGACGCGAUUCAGGAAGACUUACUGGCGGUCCUAAAGAGUUCAGUACCAUCUUCACCUGAUGAGGUCUUCGUGAUCGACUUGUCGGACUCGGAGCCGCUAUUAAAUUCUUCCAUGGUGUUCUGGAAACACGACGUAAAUGUCGGAGAGGCUGCAGCGUUCCAAUUGUCGCUUAGUUCGCGGCCAGGCGUUCCUAUGUCAUCUCUGCCUUGGACAUCACUAAAGAUCCAUUUCUCUUCUCACAUUCCGCCGAUCACUGUCCGCCACUCUCGCGCUGGCCAAGGAGAGAAAGUGCCACCUACAUGCGAGGUCGCGCUAGGGCAUAUCAUCGCGACUGAGAGCAAGAUUGACGGCAAGGAGGUCGACGGUGUUCUGCAGUGGGGUCCUGGGACGACGACCAUUUUCGCCGGCAGUGUAUCCUCUGAUGUACCGACAAAUGUAAAGAUUUCCAAACUCGCAUUAACGAUGAAGGAGGGGGCAUGGUCUAUCGAGGUCCCUUUGCAUCUCGUCGAUCCCUCCCUCGUGGACUUGUCGCCGUCUCGCUGGCUGACAUCACUGGAUCCUGUGCAAUUCAUUCCUAUCAGAAGAGAUCACUGCUCUACUGUUACUAUUCACCAUCGACGCCACGCGGUGCAUGUAACUCUAUCGCAUUGCGCGCCAGCCUACAUUGGAGAAGAUUUCCCGAUCGUGUUGGACGUAACCAAUGCAGAUGGGAAGGAACUAGAUGUUGUCGUGGACGUUCUCCUGCAGCCCACUGACAUCGACGAAGUGGAUGAACUGAACUUCAUCAGCCUCGGCGACGAACGAUCCACGAGUCUGAUUAAGGGUGUCUCAUUCGGUGUUCUGGCACCAGGUGUCAGCGCUGUGAAGACAUUGUAUCUCGGGUGCAGGGGCGUUGCCGCGGACAGGAUCAUCGAUAUCUCUGUACAGUCUCGUACUCCUUCGAUGGCCACGCCCUCAGAGCCCGCGUCGCCGGACGUUGCCUCUACCACAGUACCCGCGGAUAGAGGGGAAGUGCUGCAUACCCUGAUUGUCCCUGCUUUGGACCCCAUCAAGGUAGAACACCGGAUCGUGUACAGGCGAUCCCUGCAAGCGCAGCCUGGCCUGGCAGACCUGCAGACAUACGAAGAAGACUUCUGGGACGACAGAGAUGGCGGCGAAGCCGUUGUGACGACCGUCAUGACUUGUCUAGCUCCGCCAGGCAUCGUGGUUGAAGACGUCAGUCUGAACAGAGAGGAUGGUCCAUUCGCAAAGAUCGUGGCUAGCUCGAUCGAGGAAGGGAAAGAUGACCGUCUCGAUGAAUGGCUUCCAGGAGAUGAGCUUUGUGAACGAUGCUGCAUCAGUUUGGCCCCGGAUGAGCGAUACUCCGAAGAGGAGGCAAUUGCUGGACCUGGGACAUACCAAGUUUCUUGGAAGAGGAUCAUGCCUGAUGGAUUAUACGGCACUAUGGCAGUCACCCGAUUUCACCUCCCUUCCUUGCGGCCACCCAUGGACGGGCUUAUAGCACUGUUGGAAGCGCCAUCGACUGCGAAGCUGCACAACCCAAUUUCGCUGCACCUGACUGUUCGAAACCGCCAUCCGACGCACGGCGCAAACGUAAUUGUACAACUGGAGCCCGAUAACGCUGACGGAUUUGUUGCAGCCGGCCUUAGAAGCGGACGAAUACCUAUUCUGCUGCCUGGAGGCGAAGAAAGGCUUAUGUGGAAGUUGAUACCCAUCGAGUGCGGGUAUGUCAAGCUCCCUCGGAUUAAGGUGACAGAUCGGAGGAAAGCGGUGGGCGUCCAGGCGGUCGCAGGGCAGGAUGCUGAGGUGGAGACGGAGGGAGAGCAGGUUCAGAUCGUCGACGUUCGCUGGGAUGGGAGAGUGGCUGGUGAAGCCGGGGAUGCGCAACAAGCAGGCUCGAGUACUCCAGAGGGUGUGCAGCAGGACCCUUCGGAAGUGGUGCACCCGCCUGGUCAACCUGUAGUUCUUGUACUGCCGUGA